UGGGCAGCGCCCCCCCCAGAAUCCCUCUGGAGACAUGAUGAACCUUCAGAAGCACCAAACCAUGGACUCUGACCGGGACCUUCAGUCCUCCUCCUCAGUCAGCCUGCCUUCCGUCAAGAAGGCCCCCAAGAAGAGACGCCUGUCCGUGGGGAACCUGUUCAGACGGCGCCGGGACCCCAAGAGGAAGUCCAAGGAGCUCCGAGGAGGAGGAGGAGGAGGAGGAGGAGGAGGAGGAGGAGGAGGAGGAGAAGGAGGGGUGGAUGGCAUCGCCAGCACAGACGGCACCCACUCAGACCUCAUGCUAAACGAUAAGAACUCUGCCUUCUCAGUAGCAGGAGCUGCCUGCACCUCCUCCUCCCUCGGGGCGUCCUCUUCCUCCUCCUCCUCCUCCUCUUCCUCCCGGGGUCGAGAGCUGCUCGAGUGCCCUCUGUGCCUUCUACGUCACUCUCGGGACAGUUUCCCAGACAUCAUGACCUGCCACCACCGCUCCUGUGCUGAUUGCCUGCGCCAAUACUUACGGAUAGAGAUCAGUGAGUCGCGCGUCAACAUCAGCUGUCCAGAGUGCUCUGAGAGGUUCAACCCCCACGACAUCCGCAUCAUCCUGGGAGACCAGCCCCUCAUGGAGAAGUACGAGGAGUUCAUGUUGAGGCGAUGGCUGGUGGCCGACCCAGACUGCCGCUGGUGCCCCGCCCCAGACUGCGGGUAUGCAGUCAUUGCCUUUGGCUGCGCCAGCUGUCCUAAGAUCACGUGUGGGCGUGAGGGUUGUGACACGGACUUCUGCUACCACUGUAAGCAGCUGUGGCACCCCGACCAGACGUGUGAUGCAGCGCGGCAGCAGAGAGCCCAGAGCCUGAGGCUGCUCACCUUCAGCUCCUCGUCUCUUAGCUACAGCCAGGAGAGUGGCGCUGCAGCCGAUGACAUCAAGCCGUGUCCUCGCUGCGCUGCUUACAUCAUCAAGAUGAACGACGGCAGCUGUAACCACAUGACCUGCGCCGUGUGCGGCUGUGAGUUCUGCUGGCUCUGCAUGAAGGAGAUCUCUGACCUGCACUACCUGAGCCCGUCAGGAUGUACCUUCUGGGGCAGGAAACCGUGGAGCAGGAAGAAGAAGAUCCUGUGGCAGCUUGGCACGCUGGUCGGCGCUCCAGUGGGCAUCGCUCUGAUCGCUGGCAUCGCCGUCCCGGUCAUGAUCAUAGGCAUCCCUGUGUACGUGGGGAGAAAGAUCUAUAACCGCUAUGAGGGGAAGGACAUCUCUCCUCACAGGAGGAACCUGGUGAUCGCAGGAGGAGUCACUCUGUCUGUCAUCAUGUCCCCUGUGGUGGCAGCCCUCUCUGUGGGCAUCGGCGUGCCCAUCAUGCUGGCGUACGUGUACGGCGUGGUGCCCAUCUCUCUGUGUCGCAGCGGAGGCUGUGGCGUCUCCACCGGUAACGGGAAAGGAGUCCGCAUCGAGUUCGACGACGAGAACCAGAUGACAGUAGGGAACGGGGCGCAAACUACUGACACGACCUCUGUGGCGGACACGAGGAACAACCCCAGCAUCGGAGGGGGCAGCGUUGGGGGCAUGACGGGCAGUCUGAGUGCCAGCGGGAGCCACGUGGACCAGAUGGGCACCAUGAGGGACAACCUGAGUGAGAACGCCUCCACCACGGCCCUGGCUGGGGCCAGCAUCACCGGAUCUCUCUCUGGCAGCACCAUGGGAAACUUCCUCAACAGGUUGGAGGUCCAGGCUGAUGUUCAGAAGGAGAGGUGUAGCCUGAGUGGAGAGUCGGCCACCUUCAGCUUGGGGACAGUCAGUGACAACGCCAGCACCAAAGCGAUGGCAGGAUCCAUUCUCAACUACAGAGACGGGACCAGUAUGGAGGUCCAGGUGGACAUAGAGCCUUGUAAGUCUGGUGGUCAACUACACUACCACUCUGGUAUCAGCAGUACGGAUGAUGGGAGAGACGCUGGGCGCUGUAGCUGGUCCUGCCCUUCUGGAUGCCCCUCAGAGGGCCAGGAUGGCACCACCUCCUCCUCCUCUUCCUCGGGGAAGAGGAGUAAAAGCAAGCUGAAGAAGGGAGGAGGCUCUAAGACCCAGGAGACGAGGGAGGAGAUGGACGCUGGUCUCCUGGAGCAGCAGAGCGCCAACUCCUCAGAGUUUGACUCUCCCUCCCUCAGCGGAUCUCUACCCUCCGUGGCCGACUCUCACUCGUCCCGCUUGUCCGGGUCCAGCGGCGGCUCUGACCCGGACGUGAUGAAGGCGUCCUGUAGCUGCAGCCAUGGAUCCUCCUCUGACUACCACACCCGCUUCGCCACAGUCAGCCCUCUUCCUGAAGUAGAGGGAGACCGGCUGGAGACGUUACCCUCCCAUCCUCACUCCCCCGGCGGUCCCUCACCCUGUCCGGAGGUGUCCGUCUCCCCUCUGGGUCUGAUAGCUGAGGAAAACAUCAACCAGGUGUGUCCUGCGAAGGCCCAAUGUGACUGUACUACUGGAAGGGCCAUUCCCAUUGGACAGUUGCUGAAGGAGACCAAUAGGAACCGGCAGGCCUGUCCCUCCAGCCUGCUCCACAACUCCUGUAUUCAGACUGACAUCUGAGACCUAAAAACAGCCCUUUUUGGUUUCACAGAAUACUAUUUGUUUUUCUUUCUUCCAGAAGACAAAAGCUUUGAAUGGACGUUUCUGUGGUCAGAAGUGUAGAAAUGAAAUGAAGCGUUUAAACCUCAGCUCAGUCAGUCGACUUGUUUUCUAUAACAGCAAGGUGAAGGCUGUUGUUUCCUGUCAUGUGAUCCCCCUCUGGCCUCUCUGGCCUCUGACCUCUCUGGCCUCUGACCUCUCUGGCCUCUGACCUCUCUGGCCUCUGACCUCUGACCUCUCUGGCCUCUCUGGCCUCCGGGCCCCUGACCUCCGGGCCCCUGACCUCCGGGCCCCUGACCUCCGGGCCCCUGACCUCCGGGCCCCUGACCUCUCUGGCCUCUGGGCCUUUGGCCUCCGGGCCCCUGACCUCCGGGCCCCUGACCUCCGGGGCCCCUGACCUCUCUGGCCUCUGGGCCUUUGGCCUCCGGGCCCCUGACCUCCGGGCCCCUGACCUCUCUGGCCUCUGGGCCUUUGGCCUCCGGGCCCCUGGCCUCCGGGCCUCUGACCUCUCGGGACCCGGGCCUCCAGGCCCCUGGCCUCCGGGCAGACUGUCAGUCAAGCUGGGGAUCAAGACGUAUCGUUCAGGAACCUUCAAGCUCUCAAAACGCAAAGUUUAACUUUAAUAUCAACCAGGCAAUACUAUCCUUACUGUUCUUUUUAGUAUUAAAAUGAGUUUAUAAUUAGGCCACUUCUGUUAAGUGAUGAUUUGUACUUUAUUAUAAUUCGAUACUAGCCCGCUGGAAGGAAUUUAAAAGCCUGGUAGUAGUCUAUCUACGGCUAGCUGAGAGGGACAAAGUACUGGAGCAGAGUACUGUUGCUAGGUAGAAGUAGAGCUGGGUCUCUGGAAGAUGGAUGAAUCACGCUGAGGGUUAAUUAUAAUAGCCACAACCCACCAAUGAGAGAGUCACUUCCUUGAAAUGGUUUAACAAAUAUUUUUCAACCGGCAAUAAAAUAAAAUAGUUUUUUUUCUUUGUUAUUUUUUCAUGCUGAAGCAGCUUUCACCUCACAUAAUAAGAUAACUUUCAUAUCUGUUAUAACCAGUGGUUUAUAUAAACACUAGAUGACUGACAGGGGGCGCUGUGUUGAAGCCACCGGGCCUCCAUCUUGGCUCUCCCCUCUCCGUUGUAAAUAAUGUUUUGGAAGCUAAAGAAAUGCAUUUAUUAAUUGGUUUUAACAAUACGUAUUCCAUUACAGACACCUUAAUGCGAACUUUUACAUUAUAUUAUGUGAGCUAAACAUACAAAUAAUUUUUUUUUUUCAAAAUAACAUUUUCCCUUUUUAGAGUAAUGUAACUGUCCCCACUACAACAAAAAAUACUUAAAUACAUGUAAUGUUGUUCUUGAAACGUUUGAUUGAAAUACUGUAGAAUUCCAUUCAUUCCUCUGGAGGCCUGUUCCUAAUGGGGAGAAACAAAAUGGCCGACCGGUUGCUUCAAAACGUCUCAAUGGCCAAUACAUAACAUCAGCAAUCCAGGGUUUAUAUACAUUGGUUAUUACUCCAUUGUGCCUUUUUGAAAAGACAAUUGUCUGCAUCUCUCCCCAUGUCUUCUAGACUUUAAAAACCUCCUAAAACAACAGAUUUCAGAUGGUCUCUCUCUCUGACCAUGUCAGGAGAGAUACCGGACGAGUAGGGCUUCAUAAUACUGUGGUAGACUUACACGCCUUCGUUCAAUUGCCUACCAAAGACAGCACUCAGGCUCUCGAGAACUCUUGUUCCUGGUAACCCUUGACGACGUCUGUUUGCCAUCCCCCAGACUGCACCUGGCUGCAGCAUUUCUACACCAUGUGGUAAAAUGUCAAAGACAGGAAUAUAUAUAUAUAUAUAUACACAGACUGCUUUUGUUUGUUUGUUGUUGUCCAAUACGCUUUACAAAUGCUACGCCAAUAACGGGAGGCCAGAGUCUGCCUCCGCACCUGUUGUUAACCAGACUUGUUACGUAAAUGUACUGCAAUGCUCAGAGUGUAUGAAUGGGGAUAUCAUCAGCUUAGGUUCCCCUCCCCCCUCUAUUCCUGUCUUGUGUCCCUAAUGGCAGCCUAUUCCCCGACACAGUGCACAGGUAGUGUACUAUAUAGAGAAUAGUGUGCCGUCAGGGCCGCAUGGCAUCUGUUCCGUGUCUCCCGCCGGUCUAUGAAGACGUGUCGCUCUAAUGAUGACGUCUCUGGACUGAUUUUAAAUGCUGCUGCCUCUCCUCCCCUCACACACACACACGCUGUUUUGGGUUUAUUUACUGUUGUUUAAGUCCAUUUCCUGUUUAAUGCUCUGCCCUGUCCAUUUCCUGUUGUUUUCAUUCUCUGCCCUGUCCAUUUCCUGUCCUAUACUUUAAACACUAGUGCCAGGUAGAUUUUCUAAUUUGUGCAGAAUGACAUUAUCCUUGUCCCCAGAUCUGUUUUGAUGUGGUAAUGACCAAAGGAGUUGGAAAGACGACACAAAACAGAUCUGGGGACCAGGCUAGAAUGACAUUUAAAGGUAUCUGUAUAUUAGUUUGCUAAUUUCCCUUUUACAAUGUGUGUAAAAUGCAUAUCUAAAAAAAAUAAAUACAUCUUACCUUUU